GUGAAUCUACUUCAGUUUUUUCUUUAUCUUGUAUACCUCCUAACAGAAAAUGAUAGAUGAUUUCAUACAAAAACUUAGUUUACCAAUUCGUUAUUGAACAGUUUCGUGGUCAUGCUCUCUUUUCACUUGUCGCCGUUGUUUCACUUUCAGGCAAGUCAGAGAUUCGGUGAGAAAAAGCCAUGGAUAUUGAUGCUUCGUGUAGCUUGGUUUUAUAUGGUAAAUCCUCUGUAGAAACUGAUACAGCAACACGUUUGAAGAACAAUAACGUUCUUAAACUCCCAGAUAAUUCCAAAGUUUCAAUCUUUUUACAAUCUGAGAUCAAGAAUCUUGUCAGAGAUGAUGAUUCUUCCUUCAAUCUUUCGUUGUUCAUGAACUCGAUUUCGACUCAUCGGUUUGGUCGGUUUCUCAUUUGGUCUCCAUACUUGUCUUCCACUCACGAUGUUGUUUCUCAUAACUUCUCUGAGAUUCCAGUUGGUUCAGUUUGUGUCUCUGAUAUACAACUUAAAGGUCGAGGCAGAACAAAGAAUGUUUGGGAAUCUCCAAAAGGUUGUCUUAUGUAUUCGUUUACAUUAGAAAUGGAAGAUGGUCGAGUAGUGCCUUUGAUACAGUAUGUGGUGUCUCUUGCUGUUACUGAGGCAGUGAAAGAUGUUUGUGACAAGAAGGGUUUGUCGUAUAAUGAUGUUAAAAUAAAGUGGCCAAAUGAUCUAUACUUGAAUGGCCUUAAGAUUGGAGGCAUUUUGUGUACCUCUACAUAUAGAUCAAGGAAGUUCCUUGUCAGUGUUGGUGUGGGAUUGAAUGUGGACAACGAGCAACCGACCACGUGCUUAAAUGCGGUACUAAAAGACGUUUGCCCUCCAUCAAACCUACUUAAAAGAGAAGAAAUUCUUGGUGCCUUCUUUAAGAAGUUUGAAAAUUUCUUUGAUCUAUUCAUGGAACAAGGUUUUAAAUCUCUUGAGGAGCUUUACUAUAGGACAUGGCUUCACAGUGGACAAAGAGUGAUUGCUGAAGAAAAAAACGAGGACCAAGUUGUUCAAAAUGUUGUGACUAUCCAGGUAGGAUGAUGAUUCUUAUGGAUUGGUUAUUAUAAAAUCAACUCGUGCUUUGAUCCUCAUUGCAUUCUCCUUUAAAUUUCCGGGGUUUGACUUCUUCGGGAUAUUUGCUAGCUAUUGGAGAUGACAAUGUAAUGUAUGAGCUUCAUCCUGAUGGCAAUAGGUGAUAUUUUGAGCAUGUGUUAUCGAUAGUUUAAUCGAUAAAAUGGAUAAUGUUACAGUUCAUAUUUUAAGCUAAUAUGUUGUGUAUCUGUUCAACUACAGUUUUGAUUUUUUCAAAGGGCUGGUCCGAAGAAAACUAUGAACCAGAGACUCUUGAAGCAUCUUUUGGUGAACGCAGAUGUUAUUUAGCAAUUAGCACCAUUAACACUAAGAUAAACAAACUGCCUUUAUAUAUACUGUGGAUAUUGUCCUUUGUUGCAACUUUUUUGUGUAUGUUUUGACUCAUUAAUGUUCCUUGAGGGUUCGUUGAAGAGGAAUUGGAAGCGUUGAUCAUCUAAUUAUCUAGUUCUGUAAUUAGAAAUAAUGAUUUGGG